AUGACAACUUUUGAAGAAGCUUUUGAAGAGACUGGUCAUGGCGCGUUCAACUACGUAGUGUUGGUGACAUGCGGGCUAGUCCUGUUAUAUGCGACGGUGGAGUCACUCGGUAUAGGGUACAUCAUCACAGCAGCAGAAUGCGACCUGGGACUGACUGGAAACGAGAAAGGCUUGAUCAACGCCGCCGCGUUUAUAGGUAUAUUCUCGACGGCCAUCAUCUGGGGCUACUUGAGUGACCGGUUCGGGCGGCGCGCGGUCAUGCUGCCGGCCAUCGGCGCGGGAACGGUCGUGUCCUUCGCCUCGUCCCUGUCCGGCAACUUCUGGACCUUGUUCAUACUGAGGUUUCUUACAGGAUGCCUGGUAUCUGCAUCAAGUGCAACCGUGUAUGCGUACCUCGGCGAAAUGCACACGGACUCCCGCCGAGCGUCCGCCAUUGCGUUCGGGUCCACCUUCAUCGCGUUCACUUUCAUCGUAUUGCCUGUCAUGGCGUGGCUGAUCCUCUCCAGCAACUGGUCGUUUAACCUCAUCAACGUGAAGAUGGUGCCAUGGCGAGCGUACAUCUGGUCUUGGUGCACACCUGGGGUUCUGGCAGCGAUCAUCAUGGUGUUCUUGCCUGAGAGCCCGCGGUUCCUUUACGCAGUUAAAGGAGAGAUCAAAGCCAUCCCAGUCUUAGCCAGAAUCUACGCUUGGAACCGUCCCUUGGCUGAAGUCAUGAUUUGCUUCAGAUCCAGCGGGCUCUAUACGUGGAUGCCCAACAUCCUGAACGAGAUGCUGUUCAACGUUCACAAGUCUGUCAGCAUGUGUGACAUCAUGGUGGCAAAGCAAAAAGCCGCUGCGGUUUCCACCCAACGCACCUGCAAGCGGAAGACCAUAAACCCCCUAGUGUUCCCGGUGUCGAUCGCCAUGGGCGUGAUCUGCGCCACCACCUACGUCGCCAUCGGCUACAUUAUGCGCACGCGCAACAAGAUUUGCAUCUACUGUUCAGUGCUGGCAGUCUGCUCGCUGAUGCUGGCAGCGUCCAGCGUGCUUCCCCAGCCGAUAGUCGCCAUCACGUUGUUCAUCGUCGGCCUGUGCUGCGGCUGCGCUGCCUCUGUGCUCGCCGCCAUUGCUGUGGAGGUGUUCCCUACCAGUGUGAGAGCCCUGGCCCUUUGCACUCUGUACAUGGCGGGGCGGUCGGGCGCAGCGGUGGGUGCCAACGUCAUGGGCCUGGCCAUGCGCGAACACUGCCUGCCGCUGUUCUUCGCCAACACACUCAUCACUGCAGGGUCAACAUUACUGAUGCUGCUGUGGCCAGACCCAAAGGCAGUCAGGGCGAUCAUGGAAGAAAGAGGAUUUGCAUAUUGAUGAAGAAGACAACAUUUUUUUAUGAUU